CGCAGAGCGCAAGCGCGUUCCUCCAAGCGCUUACCAUUUUCAGUUCUAACGACUUCGCCUUCGUUCGUCCGAAUCAUAAGGCUCCUCGUGCGAGACCGAUUAACACGUUCUUCCUGUUAAAUUUAAAUCCGUGUGCAACAUUUUAAAAAUAAACGGCUAAGAUCGAUCGUGUAAAAAAAAUCGGAGUUUAUGAUUAGAGAACGUAUCACGUGACGGUUAGUGAUCUAAACAUGAAGGGGAUUGGUUGGACGUUGAUGUUCUUUCUCUUACUGGCGUCAUUUUCAAAAAAAGUGAUAUCCGAGGAACGAUCAGAUUUUUAUCAUGCGAUUGGCAAAGUCGAAGAAGGAAGAAGCAACGGAUUAACGGCAGUUUCCAAGAAUUCUUUGAUCGAUCAGGACGUGGAAUAUGUUAAACAAUUUUUCGACGAGAUAUUCGAUGGAAACGUGACCGAAGGAAAAGGGGUCGAAAGUACAGGCCGUACUUUCGGCGUCAAGAGGAUACAAUUUAUGUUGAUGCCGAUCAUGUACAAAAUGGGAGCAAUGAUGACUCUCUUGACGGUGCUCACUGUGAUUUCUCUGAAGGGUCUUUUAAUCGGAAUUAUUCUAUUGGUACUGAAGUUGAGUAGCUUCCUUGCCAAGUUCUAUUCUGUUUGGAAUCAACAACACGUACCGCAUUCCUGGUCGCCUCAACCGAUCCACGUACACGUUCACAAUGAUCUUCCUUAUGCUCACAGACAAGCUUAUCAUGGUUGGGAAACCAUGAGCGGACCAGGAAACGAUGAACAUUAUUAUUACAGGGAAUAAAAUAUGGAAUGCACUGGAUUCGAUUAUUUCUUUCUAUCGAUCGUAUCAAAUGAACAUACGAUGAUAAGAAAUGGAAUAAUAUCGAUAAUCUGUGAUUCAUUUAGUGCCUUUCGUAGUGCCUCAGACUUUGUGAUCGAUUACUUGUUAAUUUAUAAAUUAUCUAGUUUCUUGCUUACCGUAAAUGCUGCUAUACGUUUCGUCCGUAUUCGCUGAUUGAUUUUAAUUGAGGAAAGAAUAAUUUGAGGAAUGAUUUACUUAUCUUUUAUUUAAUCUUCGGAGACUUCAUAGGAGAUCAUUUAUGAAGUUAACUAUAUUAUUUCUUUUAGUUAAAAGUAUUCUUAGCGAAUAGUUAUAGUAUAACUAAGUUUUAUAAUUUGUUAGUUGUCCUAAUACAGAAAGAGAGAGAGAGAGAGAGAGAGAGAGAGAGAGAGAGAGAGAAAUACCAAAGGAAGCUAUGAACAAGUAAAAGAACAAUACUGACAUAAAAAACCAAAUGAUGGAUACAGUGUUCCUUUCUUUUGAAAAAAAAAAGAAAAAAACAUAUACAUAUACUUUCGUAAAUACUUCCUGUAAAAACGUUGAUAGAAUUAAUUUUAUUUUUGAUACGUCAUGAAAUCAAUACCGUAUACCGAUGUUAUUUUAUGUAAAUAUUAAAAAAAAAAAACAUCGAGAACUUAACCAAACGUUAGAACCAAAACUGUUAACUAGAUAUAUUGCAAUAAGUAGAAUACCUCAUGCUGUCAUUAGAAAUUAAUUCUGUUAUUACAACGAACGUAUUAAAUACGUGAUAAUCUUUAAUUUAAAACGAUCAUAAAUGAUAAUUGUAAUAUUUCUUUUGUAAAAUAAUAAUCCUAUUAUCAGCAUAAAAACGUAAUCUACGAGUAUAUUGCGUUAAUUUUAAAAGGAGUUGAUCAAGCAAAGCGUAUAAUUUUUUUCAAUUUUAAAGUCAAGCGUUAUUUUCCUUUUCUUUCUUUCUGUUUGUUUUUUUUUUUUUCUUGUGUUUUGCUUCUUUUUCUUUCUCAAAGAUCCCACUGUUACGCAUUCUCCAUGAAACCGAUUGCGUUCUCUUGCAAGCUAGACCUAGUUUCUUGACUUCCGUCUGGUAGCUAUGCGGGGAGAAAAUAAGAAAAAUAUUAGCUCUUCGCUCGGCAGACCAUGGAACAGUCCAGUCGAUGGUCAAACAGGAGUACGACGUCUCUGUUAUUUUUAUUGUUGUGAUGGUUUUAUAAAUAUGAGAAAACCGCGAUAAUAUUUAUAUUUUCAAUAUUUUUUCGUCGUUCUCUUCGAUCGACUAUU